AGAGAGGCAGGGAGCGUCCCCGAGAAUCCCAAGCAAGAAGGUAGCCACCACCUCCCACCUCUUCGCUUUGCGUCGCGCCACCCGUCCCACCUUCCCACCCUGCCCUCCGCCUGGCUCGGCGGCCGUCGAUCGGCCAUGCGGAUCCGAAAAUGCGCCAACCGGCUGCUGGGGACGACCCUGCCCGCCUGCUCUUCUUCUCCGCUCCCCGCUGCGCCGCCGCGGUCGUGGGGCACCGACGUCCCCGCUCCCGCUGCCGCUGCCGCUCUCCUCUGCGAGCUGAACCGCUCCCCCUGGGAUGAUCUGACGUGCCUCGAUCUCGUAGCUGCUUACGAUCAGGAAGAAGAGGAUGACGGGGGCAUUCUGGGAAGUGGCGUGAAAGCUGAAGUGGGAGAAGUGAGGGGCAUUCCGGGAAAUCGCAUCAAAUAUGAGUCCGCUGCUGUAGCUUGUGUCCCGAAGAGCUCCCCAGACCAUUGGGAAAUGGAGCGAAACGGAGACGUAGGUCCUCAUGCCGGAAAACGAUGCUUUUCUGACAGCGAAGCACGCAUGAACUGGUCGCGGAAGAAGGAGACGGCCAAGACGAGGAGAAAGAAGAAAGACGACGUUGUCGAAGCCAGAGGAGGAGCUGCGGCCACGGAGGCCUGCUCGAGCUGCAAGAAGAGCGACGGCAAAGGUUGGCACUGUAAGCGGCGGGCGCAUCACCCACACUCGCUCUGCAACUACCAUCUCGCCCAGCUCCGCUCCUACAGCUGCAGCCAUGGCCAUGGCCAUGGCAAGGCCUCAGGGUCACCCAAGGAAAGCCAUGGUGACGUCGGCCGUAGGAAGAAGAAGACCGAAGCAGCUGGAGCCGACUCUAGCUUCUACUAUUACUACUCCGGCUUCGGUCCCUGGCGAGGAAAGACGAGAGGCAGCAGCAGUGAUAACGGCGACGGGUGUAGUCAUCCGGCUGCCGAUGAGGAGGAGGUCGAGACCCCGAUGGCCGGCGAGGAUGAGGAGGACAGCGAGGACGAUGACCAUGAUAACAGUGGGAGGGAUGGAAAUGAUGGUAGGAAGGAGGGCAGGAGGAGCUACAGGAGGAAAGGGAGGAAGAGGAUGAAGGCGCGGUCUCUCAAGUCUUUGCUUUGAUGCAUGUCGUUGGUAGUUGUCGUCGUAACGUGCCGUGUUUCCUAAUCAUGGAUCUUUGCAUGCUUCGGACGUCGUAACGUGUACGUGGGCCGGGCUUGGGUGCAAUACGUCGACAUCUUUUCCUCACAAUUAUUUUUAGGUGAUUUACCUGAAAAAAUACUUUUUUUUGUGCUUUUCACUGCAGAAUAAUUAUAGGCUUUUUUGUUCAAACUCAAAAUAAUUAAUCGAAUUUUAUUUCUUGU